AUGACCUCCCAACAAGCACAGGCGCGCAUUGCAAUGCGCGACGCAUACUAUAAUGAGCAUUGCUGGAUUCAGGCUGCAGCGAUGCGGGCUGCCUUGGAUCUGCUCCCGGGCUACCCGGCGAACAAGUCUUUGACAGUUGUCGACUACGGAUGCGCACAAGGUGCCAACGCAUUUGAGCCGAUGGAAAAAAUCGUCUCGUCCCUCCCAGACGGUGCAACAGCAAAUCUAUUCUUCGAAGACACGCCAUGGAACGAUUGGUCCACUCUCGCCAAGACUGUCAACAAGGGCAUAGCCACGCUCUCCAAAACUGGGAACGUUCGAAUCUUUCCCUCACUAGUCCCAGUUGGAUUCUACAACCAGGUCAUCCCCUUCCAGACAGCUGAUGUAGGUUUGUCUUGGUCUUCAUUCAACUACCUCGAAAACCAGCCAGACCUUAAACUUGACCCUACUGCGCCGCCAGCAGAGUUCGUAGCUGCGCGCCAAAAGGCCUUUGGAACAGCCGCCCACCAUGACCUGAUCAAGCUGCUGAAGCUCCGGGCUACCGAGAUCCGCGAUGGGGGAUACCUCGUAGCAGCUAUAGGAGGGCAGCAGCCAGCCUCGGACCCCCGGCCGACCAACACCGGCUUCGCGCCGCUGCAGGCUGCUCUGCUAAAGAUGAUGCGGAAUGGUCGCAUAAGCGGGACGGAGCUUGCGCAGUUUGCCUUGUUCCCCAGCCACGAACGCACUCCGGAGGAGAUUCGGGCCGUCUUGGGCGUUCCGGAAGUUGUUGCUCUGUGGGAGGUCGAGGUUCUGGAGUCCAAAUUGAUUGUGCACCCUGCUUGGGUAGCCUAUCAGAGCGCACUCCAAGCCGCCGCUGACGAUGACGCCAAAAAGGAACAGGCUUUCCAGGCCUACGCUCGGGCGACAGUCAUGAACCUGAUUUCCUCCUCUGGUUGGUUCUGGUUGGAGAUUUUGGAGAAGAAUCGAGGGCACGACUGGAAAGGCGGCGAAGCUCUCCUCGAGGAGCUGACGCAGGUUGCGGUGCAGGAGGUCGUGGAGAACUUCAAGGGCAUGAGGGUGGAGAUAUGGUACACGUAUCUCAAGUUGAACAGAAGGAGUGGGCGCGUUUAA